ACAUGAUGUAAAGAAAGUCAAGUCACAGUAGGCACUCUUUACCAGGGAAAUAAGGCAGUAUUUGAAUCACAAGAUAUAUUUUUUAUCUGCUACCAUGGAUUCAAUGAUCUGUAGAGCUUUUUCACUCAUUUGCUGUCAGGGUAUGAACUGACAGCCUGUAAAGAUAAAGAUAUUUAUAUUUUUGUAUAGUUGUUUUCAUAGAUUUCUCAAAGGCUGAAGUUUUCAACCUAGAAGAUGAGAUUUGUAUCGAGUAUAGAAAUGUUUCCUAUCUAGUUUGUAAAUAAUCAUGGUGCACUUGAGGGGUCUCUUGGAAACUCCUGGGGGCAAGAAUCACUAUUCUGAAAAUGUAUAGACUGGGAUUUAGCUGCUGCAUUUUGCCUUUCUUAAAUGAUUAUAUUUCGGAAUGUAACCCCUGUUCUGUCUUCACUGACAGGAUUUGCUUGUGUUGUAAAACACUAACACAAGAGCUUCCAGUGCCUGGGCUGUGCCUGGGUUAUGCUGUUUUCUUCUAUAUCCCCUGCCUUCUUUAUCCCAAGUCCCACUCAGCAUUGUUCAGACCUAGGUUAUGAGACCAACUUUGGAAUGGAUCUAGCCAGUGAAUUAUUACUUCCAUAUUGAUUCCUUUUCUAUUAACUCUGGUAAUCAACAGAUUGAAAAGGAUGGGAAAAUUUACUCUGCAAAGUGCCCUGGGGCAAAUUCUUUGUUGGUUUUGUGCUGCUUGCCUUUCUAGACCUGCUUAUCGGCCCUUAACCUUCACUCAUUGCUGAAGAAGCUUGAAGUAGUUAAAAGAAUGCUCCUCAUUAUUUCUUCUACUCUUUACCCAACAGAUAUCAUCCAAUGCCUUAGCCAAGGAGUCCAGCCCCUGUCUUCCUCCCUAAAAAUUGUUCUUGGAGAUGCCAGUUCUUUAACCUGAGUAUAGCAGUUUCCCAUUAUUUCGUUGUCUCAUCCCCACAUUUCCUCCUGACUUCCCAAGGCUUUUGAGGUUCAGCCAAGGAGCAAGCAAGGGAGUGAGUAAUCCUCAGGAAAAGAAGGACCAUUUAAGCUUUUGAACACUUUCCCUUCCUUAGAAGAAAAUAGGCAGAUGGGCCAAGGUCAGUUCCUGAUUAAAGGAUAUUUGGCUGUGCUUAUAUGAGGUGAAAAAGACAGAAAUGAGGGAUAAUUCCCGGUGUUCAGAGAAGACUACAGAUGUCAUUACAAUCCCCACAAGCGCCAAGACACAGUGUUCUUAAGACAGAGCUAAUUUGAGGAGAGCUCAGUCUUCAGAACAAACCUGCAGUUUUGGCAGCAAUCUGAAAUCUCCAAAAAUGCUUACCCUUUCACCUUACCCUAGGAAAAACUGAUCUAUGAAAAUUACACGUGUGAUUAUGAAAGAUGAAGUUGAGAGAGAAGAGUUGAGGAACCUGGAAGACAGUGAGCUCUCACCCUAACUCUUAUAAGAAGCAUGAUCUCAGUAGACCAAUAAUUCGCCUUUUUAUACAACUGUAAAUAAAUGGAAUGUUUUUAAGAAUAUAAUUAUGUCAGAUUUAGCAUUUUCUUUUAUAUAUUAAAUAUAUAUAUAUCUUUCCUUUUCUGCUUUUGAAAGUGACUAUUUUUUUAGAAACAAGAAUAGAAGUUGUUUGGCAAUUAAAGGGCAGGAUGUGUAAGCCUGAAAUAAAUUAGUUGUACUAAUGAAAGCAGUACUUGGUGUUGGGAGGUUUGUGCCGAGUUGGAGUAUAUAAUUCUUAAUGCCCUGAGACCUAUUUAAGAGCAGGUAUCUUCAAAGUAGUUUUUUAAUGGGAAUUUCUUCCUGUUUGCAAAGUUUUUGACAUGCCAUUUGGGGGAGGUUUAUUAUUCUAAUCCUUGUAGCAUGUCAUACAUGGAGGCUUCAAAAUUUUGUACAACCUGAUGGCAAAUAUUUGUUUCAGAAGUCAUUCUACAGUGAAGAAGACUAGCCUAAUACUUUGUGCAAAGGCAGUUUGUUACCUUAGGAAAUAACAGGACAUAAAACAACAAUCUAAGUAGCUAAGGACAGUAAGUAUUCUUGAGGCAAGAUACUAUGACUACUUUGAUAAUUUACAAAAUGUUUUAUUAAAGGCAUUCUUUAGAAGUUGAGCUACUCCUAUUUAAGAGGUCUCUAACAGAUCAAGUUCAGUAAUACAAGCUUCAUAUAGAUUACUUACUUUGUAUAAUUUUAUAAUAAAUGCAGUUGCUUUUCCCAGAGUUAUGGUUGAAAUACCUGAUGCUAGAUCUUUCUGUAACUGGCUUGAAAAUAUUUUGAAUAUAGGACAAAGGCAGACAAUCCAUAUGUUAUUUUUGACAGUGUUUAUUAGUAUAUAUUUUUUCCUUAACUGAACUGAUUGAGAUAUUUGAAAUGGAAUGGGGUGGGAUGAAUUGAGAGGUAAAUGCACUUUGAAGACAGGUCUAGAAAAUAAUGAUUACCCUUGUCCCUCACUCCCAGAAUUAACAAAUAACAAACAAACACAACAACUAUACACCAUGUAGGUAGCACAUUUCAGGUACUUCUAUGAAGAAUGACUAAUAAACCAAGAAUCAAUACUUUUCUUGCACAAAAUGUUGAUUUUGGAGAAAGUACUAUGAGGAAAUAAAUUUUAAAUGGGCAUGAACGGCUGGUGCAUGGAAAAUUAAAGCGAAGUUAGACUUACUGUCAGUUGAACAACAACAGUUAAAAUACAUAUUUGAAAUAAAAGGAAAUUAUUUAUAUUUUUAAACCGGGACAACUGUAAUAUAUUAAAAAUGACUGAACUGUUCUACAAAGGCACAUAAAUAUUAAUAGUGAUGGAGGUGAGUGUGGAGGGUGCUAAGGCUAAACCAUUAAAUUUUAUCAUUGUAAACUGCUGGUAGAAGAGAUUUUUGUUGAAUAGGAAAGCAGCAUUGGAAGCAUUGUCUUGAAAUUUAUCCCCUUUCCAACUGCAGUCUUUGGCCUCAGCUGUCUCACAGUGCCUUGCAUGUAAAGGUGCUCAAUAAAUUUGAGUUGAUUAGCAAAUGUUUAGCUUGUUAAGUUUUCCAGAAUCAUUUAAUUGCCCCUUACUUGCCUAGGGUGAAUAUACAGCUUGCAUCUAAAGAGCAUAAUGCUAAACAAGACAACUAUAUAACAUUUAUUCCCAGACAUCUAGAAUUUUAGAAUAUGACAAACAUGCAUACAGAUUUAGUACAUAUACACGGAGAAUGAAUAGUGAAAUAGUGUACGGACAACGAAAUACUUUUAUAUAAAGAGACAACUGCAUUUUGGAGAGUUGGGAUGACAAGUAUUUAAGGGGAGAGAUAAGGGAGUAACACUGAUAUUCAUACUGGACCUGGGAUUUUUUUUUUUAUAGUGUAGAUGGACAAAAUGCCUUUAUUUUAUUUCUAUAUGGUGCUAAGGAUGGAACCCAGUGCCUCACACAUACUAGGCAAGCGCUCUGCCACUGAACUACAGCCCCUGCCCUGGGAGUGUUGUUUUCUAAGGAUUUCAUGAAGCAUGUGAACAGCCUACACUUAUUUCCAUAUUGGCAUCUCAAAAGGUGGUAUGGUACUUGGACAAUAAAGGUUGGCUUGAAUUGAAGUGUGAUUUUGGGCUUUGGAAGUUUCCAGAUUCCAUCCUCUCAUUACACUGUUCUCAGUUGUAUUUUAUCUUAAAAAAGGAUCAUCUCAGACAAGAAAAGCAGGAGCUUUGCCAGUGCAGCUUCAAUUUAAAAUGAGAACAAUUCAGAGAACCUUUUCUCUGAAACUAAACUGAAGUAGCUUAAGAUAAGAAAUAACCAAUGACACUUCAUAAACCCUUUAUUUGGCCAUGAGUGGGUAGGUGAGAAAGCUGUUAGUGGGCCCAAAAAAUGACCUGGAGUGGGCACACUUUUUUCUUGUUUCAUGGAUAGAAGUGGAAGUUGCUAGGGUUGGCUGCACACAAGUAAAAAACACCAGGUGGCACCAUUUAUUAGCAGUGUUACAUUAGCUGUGUGGAAAAGUCCAAGCACAGACUGGCAAGGUGUUUCUGGAGUCAACCACCUGUUUUUACAGUUAAGGUUAAUGCUUCUUGCCUCCUUUUUCCAGUUUUGGGAAAGUCCCAUUUUAGUUUCAUUAGAUCUACAAUGCAUUGUUGAAGGGUAGAAGGCCAGUGAGAUGUUACAAGGGGUGACAUCUUUCCUGUCCAUGUCAACCUGUGAGCUUUUAUGAAUCUUGUUUUUAAUAUGUGGUCAAAGUAUACGCAACACCUCCUGCUUUGCCAUUUGGUUGUACCAGGUCUACCCAUUGUUUGCUCGUCUUACUUGCUAAUAUAUAAUCUUCCUCGGGAAUCCCAAAGAUCUGGAUAGGGUGAGACACUGUACUACUAUUCCUCAGGUCCAAGUCUUCUGACGUAGGCUAAUUUUUUAUAAGGUAGUUUCUUGAAGUAGUAAUCAAGGUGGAUAAUUCUAGGGCUUCUAGAGAAUAAAUAUUUGGCUUAUAUAUCUAUGAAAUAGGAAUGCGUAGUGAUAUUUCCAUGUGUUCCCCUCACCUCCACGAGCAGGAGAAACUACCACCAAAUAGUCCAAGAAGGUUUCACAGUGACCUCGGCAAGUAUCCCUGGGGAAGAGGGGGUAGUAUUCACAAGUAAAACUUGACAGGACCGAGGGAAACAUCUGGAAUAACACAGGCCUGGUUAACUGCGGGGAGAGCACUACAGGACAUAAACAAAUCCCAUAAACUUAAUUGACUUGGUUUCACUCUUGGCUCGCCUAAAGCUCUGUUCGAAGUUUCUGUCUCCCUCCCCUUUCUUCCAUCACGACCAAUCAGCUUGCCCAGAUGAAACCCUGUAGUUAGCGUUUGAAUUGGAUUACUCCGAGGAAUCUUUAACACGUGGGCCAAGCACUAGGUUGGCCGUGAUCAGAAACUAUUGGAACCGCUUUAAAUCCAAGCGUUUGGGGUGGGAUGGGAGCCGAGUUUUUUGGCUGUAUCUCAGCCUUGUAAUUUCUGAGCUAGUUUGUUUCAGCCACGGUCCCUCGGGCCUAUCAAAAGCCAACGUUAGCACUCUGGGGGCGUGGUUAUCGUCUUGGGGCUCUGGGAAGCGCAGUUCUCUGGGGCACCAGGCUUAUAAUACCAUAAAAGGCCUGGUUCUCUCAAUUCUGAAGCCGUGUUCUGUUGACCUUCUUCUAAGAGCGGUACCCAACAAUUAUACUGUGCAGAAUCCGUAGUUCUCCAGUCCCGAGUCCUUGUCUUCCUAGGUCUUUCGCUGGCUCCGCCCCCGCAAGCCUGGUUUGUCCAGUCGCGAAACGACCUCCUGGCUACAGACCGCACCCCCUUGCGGCGGCUCCUCCUUCCCAGUCCCUAGCUUGGCUCAAGCGCUAGUUCGCGUUUUGAGCCGCUCGUGCCACCAUAGCUGCUGCUGUUGCGGCCGCAGCGGAGCUGAAAUCGCCGAGCGCGAUGCCUGAGGGCGCUGUGAGCCGGGCAGCCCUCGAGCCCCGGGGCUGGCCAGUGAGAGGUCAUUUUGGAAGGCUGUUUGGAGUGAGAAGGCAGUCCAACAGUUGAGAUAGGUCCCAAGACUGGACCAGAGACUGUCCCACCGGGCUCCUCAUCAUGAUGGCCGUGGAAGGGUCAACCAUUACCAGCCGGAUUAAGAAUCUGCUGCGGUCCCCAUCCAUCAAAUUACGCAGGAGUAAGGCAGGAAACAGGCGAGAGGACCUCAGCUCCAAGGUAACCUUGGAGAAGGUGUUGGGAAUAACAGUGUCUGGAGGCAGAGGACUUGCCUGUGAUCCCCGAUCAGGCUUAGUUGCCUACCCAGCUGGGUGUGUGGUUGUGCUUUUCAAUCCCCGGAAACACAAACAGCAUCACAUCCUCAACAGUUCCAGGAAAACUAUCACUGCUCUUGCCUUCUCCCCUGAUGGCAAGUACUUGGUCACUGGAGAGAGUGGGCACAUGCCUGCCGUGCGGGUUUGGGAUGUGGCUGAGCAUAGCCAAGUGGCAGAGCUGCAAGAGCAUAAGUAUGGAGUGGCUUGUGUGGCCUUCUCCCCUAGUGCCAAGUACAUUGUCUCCGUGGGCUACCAGCAUGAUAUGAUUGUCAACGUUUGGGCCUGGAAGAAAAACAUUGUGGUGGCCUCCAAUAAGGUGUCCAGUCGGGUGACAGCUGUGUCCUUCUCUGAAGAUUGCAGCUACUUUGUCACUGCAGGCAACCGACACAUCAAAUUCUGGUACCUUGAUGACAGCAAGACUUCAAAGGUAAAUGCCACUGUACCCCUGCUGGGCCGCUCAGGGUUGCUGGGGGAACUACGGAACAACCUGUUUACUGAUGUGGCCUGUGGCCGAGGAAAGAAAGCCGACAGCACUUUCUGCAUCACAUCCUCAGGCCUGCUGUGUGAGUUCAGUGAUCGCAGGCUUUUGGACAAGUGGGUGGAGCUGAGAAACACAGACAGCUUCACAACCACGGUUGCCCACUGCAUCUCUGUGAGCCAAGACUACAUCUUCUGUGGUUGUGCUGAUGGUACUGUGCGUCUUUUCAACCCCUCUAACCUACACUUCCUCAGCACUUUGCCCAGACCCCAUGCCUUGGGGACAGACAUUGCCAGUAUCACUGAGGCCAGUCGCCUCUUUUCUGGAGGGGCAAAUGCUAGGUAUCCAGACACCAUUGCCUUGACCUUCGAUCCAACUAAUCAGUGGCUGUCUUGUGUAUACAAUGACCACAGCAUCUAUGUUUGGGAUGUGAGGGACCCUAAGAAAGUGGGCAAGGUGUACUCGGCUCUGUAUCAUUCCUCCUGCGUCUGGAGUGUGGAGGUGUAUCCUGAGGUGAAGGACAGUAACCAGGCCUGCCUGCCCCCCAGUUCCUUUAUUACCUGUUCCUCAGACAACACCAUCCGCCUGUGGAACACAGAGAGCUCAGGAGUACAUGGCUCCACCCUGCACAGAAACAUUCUCAGUAAUGAUCUCAUUAAGAUAAUCUAUGUGGAUGGGAACACUCAGGCCCUGCUGGACACUGAGAUGCCUGGAGGAGACAAAGCUGAUGGGUCCCUGAUGGAUCCCCGUGUGGGCAUUCGCUCUGUGUGUAUUAGCCCCAAUGGACAGCAUCUAGCUUCUGGAGACCGUAUGGGCACACUUAGGGUGCAUGAACUGCAGUCUCUGAGUGAGAUGCUGAAGGUGGAGGCACAUGACUCAGAGAUCCUGUGCCUGGAGUACUCUAAGCCAGAUACAGGUCUGAAGCUGCUAGCAUCGGCAAGCCGUGACCGGCUGAUCCACGUACUAGAUGCUGGGCGGGAGUAUAGCCUACAACAGACGCUGGAUGAGCACUCAUCUUCCAUCACUGCUGUCAAAUUUGCAGCCAGCGAUGGGCAAGUGCGCAUGAUCAGCUGUGGAGCAGACAAGAGCAUCUACUUCCGCACUGCACAGAAGUCUGGAGAUGGAGUACACUUUACACGGACACACCAUGUGGUACGCAAGACAACCCUCUAUGACAUGGAUGUGGAGCCCAGCUGGAAGUACACAGCCAUCGGCUGCCAGGACAGAAAUAUUCGGAUCUUCAACAUCAGCAGUGGGAAGCAGAAAAAGCUGUUUAAAGGAUCACAGGGUGAGGAUGGCACUCUAAUUAAGGUGCAGACAGACCCUUCAGGGAUCUACAUUGCCACCAGUUGUUCCGACAAGAACCUCUCAAUUUUUGACUUCUCCUCAGGCGAGUGUGUGGCCACCAUGUUUGGCCAUUCAGAGAUUGUCACUGGCAUGAAAUUUAGUAAUGAUUGCAAACAUCUCAUCAGUGUUUCAGGGGACAGCUGCAUAUUUGUUUGGCGUCUGAGCUCUGAGAUGACCAUCAGCAUGAGGCAACGUCUGGCUGAGCUGCGCCAGCGUCAGCGAGGGGGCAAACAGCAAGAACCCACCUCUCCCCAAAGGGCUUCCGGACCCAACCGGCCCCAGACCCCAGUGAUGCUCUCUUCUGGACCAGCUCUCUCAUCAGACAGUGACAAGGAGGGAGAAGAUGAGGGUACUGAAGAAGAAGAACUGCCAGCUCUUCCCAUCCUUGCCAAGAGUACCAAGAAAGAGCCUGCCUCGGUCCCCAGCCCAGCCCUGUCCCGAAGCCUGUCCCAUUGGGAGAUGAGCCGAGCACAGGAGACAGUGGAAUUCCUAGACCCAGCUCCUGUAGCCAACUCAGGACCCAGAAGAAGGGGGCGUUGGGCUCAGCCAGGCGUAGAACUGAGUGUUUGCUCUAUGUUGGAUCUGCGGCAGCUGGAGACCCUUACCCCAAGCCCUCAAGGCCACUGCCAGGACUCUCUGGCCAUGACUCCAUCUGGUCCUGGAAAGCAUGGUCAGAAGGCCCCUGUAACUUCACAUGCUAGCCAGAAUGAAAAAUCCCCUCAGCUUCAGGCUUCCCAACCCUGUUCCUGUCCCCACCUUAUCCGAUUCUUGUCACAAGAAGAAGGGGUCUUUGCCCAAGAUCUGGAGGCCGCACCCAGUGAAGAUGGUAUUGUCUACCCAGAACCCAGUGACAGCCCCACCAUGGAUACCAGCAGUGAGUUCCAGGUGCAGGCUCCAACCCGAGGAACCUUAGGAAGAGUGUACCCAAGUAGCAGGGGCUCAGAAAAGCACAGCCCUGACAGUGCCUGCUCUGUGGAUUACAGCAGCAGUCGCCUUUCCAGCCCUGAGCACCCCAAUGAAGACUCCGAGAGCACGGAGCCCCUAAGUGUGGAUGGCAUCUCCUCAGACCUUGAAGAACCAGCUGAGGGUGACGAAGAAGAGGAGGAAGAGGAGGGAGGCACUGGCCCUUAUGAGCUGCAAGAAGGCAGCCCCCAUACCCCGGACCAGGAGCAGUUUCUAAAACAGCACUUUGAGACUCUGGCCAAUGGGGCUGCUCCAGGGGCCCCAGUGCGGGUACCAGAGAGGACAGAAUCUCAAAGCAUCUCUUCACGAUUCCUGUUGCAAGCGCAGACUCCUCCACUCAGGGACCCAUCCUCCUCAAGCCUGGCAUUGAUGUCGAGACACAUCCAGGUGUCACAGGUGUCUGGCGAGCAACAGAGAGGCAGUGAUGCUAACCCCCCAGGAGCACCUCCAGAGGUGGAGCCCUCCCCUGCCAACCCCAGCCCCCAUCAGGCAGCCCCUGUGCUAUUGCCACGUCGUCGUCACAACCUGGACAGCAGCUGGGCUCCCAAGAGAGUGAUCACAGCAGGCUUCUCGGCUGGACUCCAGAAAGCCCAGUCUGUGCAUAGUCUGGUGCCACAGGCAAAUGAGAUGCCUUCAUCAGGCCCAUUGCUCUCACGGGACAUGGAAGUCCAGGAUGGCCUGGAUUCCCUGCCCCAGGUUGAUGGCCGUCCAUCUUGGCCCUACUCCUACCAGAACCCUACCACCAGUUCUAUGGCCAAGAUAUCCCGCAGCAUCUCUGUUGGGGAGAACCUAGGCCUAAUGGCAGAAACUCAAGCUCCUGUCUCUAUUCGAAACUCACCACUCAGCAAACUGGCCCUUCCUAGCCGGGCUCAUCUGGUCUUGGACAUCCCCAAACCACUGCCUGAUCGUCCUACUCUGGCUACAUUCUCACCUGUAACGAAGGGCUGGGCCCCUGAUGAUGCAGAACAGGCUGGCUCCCCAGCAGGCCUAGGAAAGGCUCAUAGCACAUCUGAGCGGCGGGCCUGUUUGGGUGAGGGUACUGCUCCCAAGCCUAGGAUGGAGUGCCAGGCUCAGCCUGGGCCCAACAGACCCAGUGCCCAGCAACUGCCAGUCAGCCUCCUCCGAAGCCCUGAGAACCUGCAGCCCCCACCCCCUGAGAGGACUCCCAAUCCCAUGGAAUGUAUCAGGCCAGGCGCAGCCCUGAGCCAGAACUCAGAACUGGUGGUGAGCCUGGAGCAGUGUGAAAAACUUGUGGCAGAGCUCCGUGGGAAUGUGCACCAGGCUGUACAGCUCUACCACUCGGUGGCUGGCUGCAAGACGCCCUCAGCAGAGCAAAGUCGAAUCACUCAGCUCCUCAGAGACACCUUCUCUUCAGUACGUCAGGAGCUAGAGGCCCUGCCUGGUGCAGCAUUGUCCAGUCCAAGCGGGAGCCCUGGGGCUGUGGGAGCUGAGCAGACACAGGCCCUACUAGAGCAAUACUCAGAGUUGUUGCUUCGAGCCGUGGAGCAGCGGAUGGAACGCAGACUCUAGCUUCAGAAGCGUGUCCCAAGUGAAUGCUUCCCCAUUCCAAACUGCAGCCCCUCUUCCACUUACCAAAACCUGUGGGGAGUGGAUAGCAGGGAUCAGUGCUCAGAGGUGAAGCAGCUUUCCCAGCUACUACUCCGGGAGCCCCUGUAUUUAUUAAUUUAUUUCCCAGACUGUUGCCUCACCUUUUUGAAACUCCAGCCUCCACAGCCGUUCUAGUGGUUCAUGGCAGGGGUAGGUCUUGGGUCUUUGUCAUCAUGGUGCUGUGAGGGCUAGGAGGGCACCCUGCCCCAUCUGGGAGACACUGGGAAGGGCUUGCCCUCUUUUUUAGAAGCCAUUUGAAAUUACUUCAGGGAUCAGCUCCCUGGGGUGGAGCAUUCACAGGGUACUCCAUGGGGGUAGAGGUGAGAGGUAAUGUGGUAUUCAAUGCCCUUCAGUCAACUGAGGACUUUCACCUCUAUUUCCUUUCCCCUCCCACACCAGCUACACUCUCGUGGUUGCCAGAGCAGGCGUUGUUUCCCCCAGUUCCUGGCAGUUUAGGAAGGCAGGCAGAGCUGCCUGGACUUCCAGAGCAUCCCCAGCCAUCAGGAAACUCAAAUUGGUAUCAGGACCUGAGCCUCCACAUUCCACUUCCAAGAGGGCCCUCGUAUUGUCUCUAUCCUUGUGCCCCCCUUUCUCUCUCUGGCAGAGCUUAUGGAUCCAGCUCUGUGCCAUUGCUGCAGGACAGUAAGGUCCUCUGCUGGGCAAACAUGAAGCCCUGUCCUCCUUUCCUUAGUUCCUUAGCCUUUUCUAUCCUCCAGCCCUAGUCCUCAGCAGGCUACUGAAGCCCAAGGGUCACCAAGUUCUCCCUGCAUCCUGAGUGAUGCUGUCAGAAGCCUGUGUGAAAUUUCCUUCAUGGUUUACAGGGCACUUACACACCUUCUGAGGACCUUGGCCACAGACGAAGUCUCACAUAUACGUACAUGUACACACACAAACAGUUGGGUGCUCAUUGCUAAAGUCCUUAGAUGGCUGAUAUGUGCCUGGGUUCCUCUCAUAUUCUGCCUCAGUUUCACUACCCUAACUUGUGUGGAACUCAAAAAGGAAUGGAACACAAUUCAUCUAAAUUCUGGAUUCUUCAUGUCCACAGCCUAGCUAUAUGAUGGACCAUUAGACACCUAGUAUGAGGAGCCUCCUCAAAGACAGUGCUGGGUACCCAUCAAGGGCUCUACAGAUACUGGAGGUUGUGGGGAGGGAGGCAGCAGGGCCAAGAGACACACAGGAAAAGUGGUAGGUGGGACAGGUAAGUGGCAGAGGUGAGGGACAGAGAAUUUAAGGGGCCAUUCUUGGGUUGAGGGGAAGGAGAGGGUGUAGUAGGUCCAUGGUGUUGGACCAAGUAGUGUUGCAGUUGUUUCUGAGUAGGGGUGAAGAAUGUGUCUCUGGGCUCUCCUGCUUUUCUCUGCCCCAGGUAAAGCAGGGCAGCUUUACCACAGCUUCAGGCCACAAAAAAGCUGGCUUACCUGGCUGCAAGCUCUGUAUGUAGAAGCUAUGAAAAAAAUUGGGUUAUGGAGCGUGCCCAGCUCUGUUCAAUCAGCCUGAAUGCCCUAAGAAGACCAAAACGUUUCAUGCCCCCACUCUUCUCUACCACCAGCAUCUGCGUGGUCAAACUCAAAUGAAAUCCUGGCCUCCAAAACACAGCUGGCUGUGGACCCCUGUCAGCACUGUAGCUGCCUGCCUGAGGGUAGAAAUUCACUCCAGCUGUGCCCGCCCCCAUCACCACCAACAGCCACAGCCCACCACAAAGGCUCAGGCUUGGCACUGCUCCAUCCCGGGGCCAGGUUCUUAGCAAUCCUCAGUCAGAUGCUUUAGGAGAGAGCUACAUUCCUGCUAGGUUUGUGAGAGGGUAGCUGCCCUUUCCCUAACCCCUGCCCAGGGUGGGUGGGGGUCUUGUGGCCGUGUCGGCACCCCGACCCCUUCUGCAUGUCUGAGGCCACCGGUAACUGCCUCCCCUGUCCAUACUACCCCGUCCCAGUUUUGAAAGCCCCUUAUUUAUAACUUUUAUACUUUGUUCUGGCAGUGGCGCUUGUCUCCUCCCCAGCCGCAUGGGGCGGGAGCUGUUUUUAAAGUGUCCGUUUGUACUGAUGUAUGAACUUGUCAAUAAAUACAAUCAUUUGUUAA